CUGAUUAUCGUAUAUUAUCAGAUUCCCGAGUGACCUUCACGGGAUCCGUGGAUUGUCCAAGGCGUUGGUUAUGGACCGCUUCCUAACCUAAUUUUUGACAGCUGAGCAACCAUUAAAAUAUCUGUCAGUGAACUGUUUGCUUUAAAACACCAAUUAAUCAAUGAUGGGUGGACAAGAAUCUUCCGACCUCGAUUUCGUCUACGAUGACGCAGACACUCAUGCGAAUGAAAUCGCCGAACUUUACAGUUACACGGAACAGUAUGAGCUGCAACUUAAUCUUAAGGCGUUCGAAGAUCAAAUGGAGUUGUACAGUCUUCGACCCUUGUGGCAAAAUCUAACUACAGAACAGCAAAAGUCUAUAAUUCAUAAAUUAUUGGAUCAACUCGAGGUUUCGAAUAAACAAGUGAGAAUGAAGGCAGCUCGGUGCAUUUUGUAUCUUGCUCAGGGUUGUUGGGCUGAAGUGCAGUCUGACAAAGAACAGCAGGAGUGGUCGAGAACGAAUGUGAUGUUGCUUUACGAAACUGGAACUUUUGCGGCUUUUGUUGAACUUCUAAACAUUGAAAUCGAAGAUAGUACAGCCGCUAAUUCAGCGAUGCGGAAAUUGGCAGUUAGUCUUGCUGACUCUGUAGAUCUACGGUUAAUUUUAUCCGUUUUGUAUAUUAUCACUGAAGUCAUGAGGGAGGAGUCGAAAGACUUAGAAAACAGUCCUUACAAAGCUAGCUUUGAAACGUUUAAAGAAGAGCUUAUGAAUCCUUAUGGCGAUGAGCUUUUAAUAAUCAAGCUGAUUGUAAUGGUGACAUGCUUCUGUAGUGGAAACGCCCCUCAUUUUCCCAUGAAGAAAGUUCUGCUUUUACUCUGGAAGCUUCUUCUGGUCUCCUUAGGCGGUAUCGAUACUUUGAGGAAACUGAAGAAGAAAUAUCGAGAGGAGGCAGGUCUUACGACUGACCAAGAAGAUACGAUAGAAGUCACAAAAAAUAUGAGACCGAGUUCACCUCCUACGAGUGCGGCUGACUUGCUGGAUUCGCAAAACCAGAAGAGAAACAACCGACCUUUACGGAGGAGUUUGAUGAAGCAAAGUUCGUUGGACGAACCACUAAUGGGUAUGGAAUUCGAGGGAGGAGAAGGUGGAAACAAUUCGUCAAAUAAUGAAGGAGACGGUGAUAUGAUGAUGUUCAUGGAUCAAUCGUCUCUUUCGCAAUAUCAGGGUUAUUUUGAGGAUCAAAAUAGUCAGGCACAACCCAGACCAAGUACUCCUCAACCUAUUAUAAAUAAAGGUUUGCCGUGGACGCCGAAGGUGCGGCAAAAAGAUGUCGACAUGUUCCUUGAAGGUUCAAGAUUAAAAUUCGUUGGUUACAAAUUGCAAGGCGAUAGGGAGAGUUUAGCAGGUCUACCUCAGCCCAUCCACGAAGGAGUCAACAUCCUCAAACGACACAUGUACACUUCGUUAUCAGAAAUUCAAAUUCAAAAGGAGGAGGAAAUAGCUAGGAACCCAAUGAGUACGGAAGAGCCGCUGAUUCGUCAAACGCCAACGGAGAUUUUGUACCAAGCGAUGCUGCCCAACCUUCCACAGUACAUGAUCGCCUUAUUGAAAAUUGUGCUCGCUGCCGCGCCCACCAGCAAAGCAAAGACUGAAAGCAUUAAUAUUAUGGCUGACGUGUUGCCCGAAGAGAUGCCAAUGACAGUAUUGCAGUCCAUGAAGUUAGGAAUUGACGUGAAUCGACAUAAAGAGAUUAUCAUUAAAGCAGUUUCUGCAAUUUUGCUUCUCCUGCUCAAACACUUCAAGAUAAAUCACAUAUACCAAUUUGAGUUCAUGUCUCAACAUUUAGUUUUUGCCAACUGCAUACCACUUGUUUUGAAAUUUCUGAAUCAAAACAUCCUUUCUUAUAUUGAAGCGAAAAAUGUCAUUCCAAUGUUGGAUUUUCCGAUGUGUGUAAUUGGAGAUCAACCUGAGUUGACGGUGGAGAAUCUCGAAAUCGGAGAUAGUCAAAAUUACUCCUGGCGGAACGUGUUUUCUUGCAUAAACUUACUGAGGAUUCUGAAUAAAUUGACCAAGUGGAAACACAGUCGUGUCAUGAUGCUAGUUGUAUUUAAAUCGGCGCCGAUUUUGAAGCGGACUUUAAAAGUGAUGCACGCCAUGAUGCAAUUAUAUGUACUCAAGUUGCUGAAAAUGCAGACAAAAUACUUGGGCAGACAGUGGCGGAAGACAAAUAUGAAAACUAUCAGCGUUAUUUAUCAGAAGGUUAGACAUCGUCUGAACGAUGACUGGGCUUAUGGAAAUGAUUUGGAAGCGAAGCCCUGGGAUUUCCAAGGUGAGGAAUGCGCCCUGAGGUCCUGCGUCGAUCAAUUCAAUAAUCGACGCUACUCUACAGCGAUUCGAGACGAGGAAUUGGAACCAGUCGAUACUUGUGCAACUUCAGUUUUAGGUGCAAAUGUGGAGCUCACAGAUGAAUUUAAACAGCACUAUGAGCUCUGGCUGCAGCAGGAAGUCUUUCAAACAAAUAUCAAUUGGGAGGAACUCUUAGAAAAUAGCUGCGAAAUCUGAUGAAUCUUAGCCAUAUAAAAUUGCAGCUCUGUAAAAAAAAGCAAGUAAGAAGAUAAGGACUGAAAAUUCAAAACUUAAAGUUUUAUACGGUUAUCGUAAAAUCACGAAGUGUUCGAAGGACAAUAUUUCCGCGUGGAGACUAUAAAGGAUAACGUCUAAUCGGUCGACGAUCGGGUGCUUUGAUCAAAACGAGGAUAUUUAAUUCGUUCCGAUUGUUUUUUUUUUUUGUUAUUUUUUUUUGUUACAUCCCCGAUUAUACGUGCGUACUCUAAGUUUGUGCAAUUUACCGGAACUAGCCACGUAAUAUUUAUAGCCGAGACUUCAACCUCCUCUCAAAUUCUUUGUACCUUUGUAAGUAUCGUUUUAGAGUUAAGCUAGAGAAGGAAACCUCGAGACGAGAGUGAAGUGACGAUUACCAUCUCCGGUGUAACUGGCGACCCGUUCCAAAGAUAUUAACGUUAUCCCUUUUUCGUUCAACGCGGGAUAUAGGGAUGUAGUCCAUAUUAGUGUCGUGCGUUCUGAUUGUGAUUUCCACCUCUUAACAAAACUCCCAUUCAUCAAAAAGACACUAAAGUUGUACUGUUUCUGUUUUCAGUUUGGUAAAUAUUAAUUAAGAAGACAAAAGCGGUGUAGGAACACCAAAACGAACGUCGCCACUUUUCAUUGUACAUUACUCCUCUUGUAUUAUAUAUUAGGAAUCGUGCGCGUGAGAUUAUUCCGAUUUAUAUAUAAAUUUACAUUACCGUUGGAAAUUAUCAGGUGAUGUACUUUUUAUGAAUUGAUUGUUGUUCUCUCUCUUUUUUAAAAAUUAAAAAUGUACAUGUUCCUCGAUUUUGAUGGCAGCGUUUUAGGGAUGUGUACAAACUAUGUUUGAUAUAAACAUUUUAAUUUAUCACAUUGAAUUAAUUAGAAUUGAAUUUUACCAAGUUAUCCUGAAAUUCUGUUGAAGUUUUUCGAAUUAAUCUUGAAUUCUCUUAAAUUAAAAGUUGAUUGCUAUUUAAUUUAGUGUAAUUCAGUUAAUGUACGGUU